CACGUGUUUACAUAGAUCUCUUGCUGGCUGUGUUUUGGAAUAAAAGCUAAAUAUUUUGUGUAAAAUUUCGUAAUUUGCGAUGUUUUGUGUAUAGUUUCUACAAUUUCUGAGGUUCUGAGAUUUUCAUUGCCAUUUUUUAUUUCAAAUGGAUCCUCUUCUCGAAAUGAAUAAAUUGUCCAUAAAUGGGCAAUCUACUGUAAAAACUUUACUUAAUCACACGCUAUGUAUCAGCUACAAACAUACAUCAUACAUGCUAUCUACAUUGGACUCCAACUUUGAAGUAAUUCGACUCAAUGAUGAGUGAGAGAACACCAGAGAAAUAUAACUUCAAACUGUAAACGGAAAGACUAUAUCUCUUGGGCGGACUAUUUUAUGGGACUAGCGUUUCUCGCAGCCAAACGCAGUAAAGAUCCCGUUACACAAGUGGGCGCCUGCAUAGUCAAUGAAGACAAGAAGAUUGUUGGAAUGGGCUACAAUGGUAUGCCAACUGGCUGUGAUGAUGAUGAUUUUCCUUGGGGAAAAAACAAAGACUACACAUUAGAUGAUAAGUCUAUGUAUGUAUGCCAUGCAGAAUUGAAUGCUAUUAUAAAUAAGAAUGCAACAGAUUUAAAGAAAUGUACGAUUUACACAAGUCUGUUCCCCUGCAAUGAAUGUGCUAAAGUCAUUGUUCAGUCUGGCAUCAAAACUGUGGUGUAUAUGCUGGAAAAAGAUGGAAAUAAAUAUGAAGCUUCUAGAAGGAUUUUCCAAGCUGCUAAUGUAGUUUGUCGCCGCCAUGAACCGCAAGUGAACAAGAUUGUAAUAGAAUUCCCGACAAAUGGACAAAUGGAGAGUCCAUAAUACUAGAUGUACUUGAUCAUUAUAUGUAUAUACAGCAAUUGUAUAAGAAAAUUUAAUUUUUUUAAAUAGUAAUAGUAAACAAGAUGUACUUAAAUACGUGCCUUUAGUGUAAUGUAAUAUUUUCAAAGUCAUUAUUUUGUAAGUCUUUUUUGCUGGCUGUGAAAACACCUAAUGUUUGUUUCAAAAAUAAAAUAAUGUAAGUAGAUAAAUAUAUACUAGAUGCACAAUUACGAAGAAGAAAAUGUAACAAAUGAAAUCGCUAAAAAGAAUGUUUACCUACUGUUAACAAUAGUGUACCAAAUAUUUCAUGUCUUUAAAUCAAAUAGACUUAAUAAAAUGUCAAUAUCUUUUAUAUAUAUAUAUAUAAAUAUAAAUUUUAUAAAAGUAAAAUGUAUUUCCGAAAAAAUAUUAAAUUAAAAAUGUAGUAAUUAAAAAAAAGAAACAAGAGAAACCUGCAAGUGCAUGCAAAGGCGUUGGGCAAGCAACCUGCCACUAUUCGAAUCUCAAUUCUGCCAUCAAGCCAAAUAGCUGAAUGUGGCCUAUCAGUCUUUUGGACUGACUGUUGGCUCUGUCUGCACUGCAUGGGAAAUAGACGUGAUUACAUGUGUGUGUGUGUAUAUAUGUAAACAUGCAAGGAAUAUCCGCUGUUUCCUUGUGGUCAUAUAUUUUUCUCUUCUUUGUAAGAUAAUUUAUAAUGUUUAUAAUAAGUGAGAGAUUGAUAUCUAAAAGUCUGUCGAUUAUAGUCUCUUAAACAUAUCAUGAGUUUUUUUUAUUACAUGAUUUAUUUUUAGUUGUUUGACGAUUUUGUACUGUGUUUUUUGUGACAGUGAUUGAACUUUAUAUUGAAUUUUAUGACCAUCUCAAGUUUUGAAUUUAUUCAAAAAAAUAAAAUUUU